ACUAUUUCCUGUUUGCCGCAGAACAGGUUUGUGCUGUGGCUGAGGGAUAAGCAGGUCUAAGAGAAGGCAAGAGGCAGUUUUCCUUGGCAAGAAAAUGGACUCUCUUAAAGGACCUUGCCCUCAUCCGAGUGUUCCUGUUGAGAUGGAUGAGAGCAUGACAUCCUCCAGUCUGGACUUGGCCUGGCCUCCUUCUUGCAAACAGUGUAUUGGACAUACAGAGACCAGCAAAAGGCUGCAGGGACAUGGCUUUGAGCAAGCUAAGGAGACAGCACACAGUGUCAGCGAGUGCAGAUUUUCUGAGAGCCAGUAUUUGCAUGAACCCAGAGGAGCCUGUUUCACUGCAGCCCAGCUUCGCUUCAUCCCCCCUGCACAGGCAGGAGAGCGGAACCUCCCCCAUCCUGCAGGUGUUUGGCCUCAUGGUAUCAGAGAGCAGGUGCUGCUGUGUGAACUGGACCCCAUGGUUAACCACAGUAGAGGCUUUGCAGGCCCUUCAAACUAUCCUCAGGUUCACUCUUUGGAGGAGACAGAAAGCUUGGAGCACCCUCUCCCGCUCAUCUCUGAAAUAAACUUUGGCCACCCCCACUAUGUCCCACCACGACACCCUGCAGCACGUGUGCCCGGUCACUGUCAGUGUUGCAUUAUCAUUAGAAACACUAUAGGCCCCGAUCCAAUGCCGGGCAGUUGUCUCAGAAAUCGUGCGUGUUGCCCUCCAGCAAAUUAUCAUUUUAAGCAUGAUUACCCAGCGGAGCCACACCAGGAGCCUCGGCCCCACCAACAUCCAUGGCAUCCUCCUCCUAAUAGGCUGCAACUUAGAGAUGCUCCAAAUACCAACUAUGGAUCUCCUCCUAGAGAUGUGAUUCAUGAGGUCAGCGUGGAUCACUCCUUCCAGGCUGGUCCAGGAGCAGCUACAAAGGAGAUCAGGAGGACCAUCAGCCUACCGGAGGAGUGUAGGAAUGUUUUCAUCACAUAUUCUGUGGACACAGCUCGUGAAAUGAUACCUUUCGCCAGAUUUCUGACUGCUCAGGGGUUCAAACCAGCAAUUGACAUCUUUGAUGAUCCAAUCAAAAGAAUGGACAUCACCAAAUGGAUGGACAGAUUUUUGAACGAUAAAUCGGUGCUCAUCAUCGUGGUCAUCAGCCCCAAGUACAAGGAGGAUGUGGAGGGAAUUGGGGACGAUGAGCAUGGCCUGCACACCAAGUACAUUCACAAUCAGAUCCAAAAUGAGUACAUCCAACAAGGCUGCCUGAACUUCAGACUGGUACCUGUGUUGUUUCCUAAUGCAACCAAGAGACAUGUCCCCAACUGGCUCCAGAGCACCAGGAUCUACAGCUGGCCCAAGGAAACCCCGGACCUGCUACUGCGUCUACUCAGGGAAGAGCGCUACAUCAUCCCACAGCGGGGGGCUGACCUCACCCUAACUGUACGUCCCCUCUGAGAAAAACUAGGGGGAAAAACGGACACCUGUGGAAAAUAAUCAAUAUAAAGAUUUGUCAAAACCCAACAUGCUAUAGGUAUGAGUUUGUUUCCUAUGCCUUUAUGAGGAGGACUAUGAUUACUGCAGCAGAUUAGUUAGCAGAAGUGUUUUCCUUCUGUCCUUUGUUUUCAGAUUCAGAUUUGCUGUUUGUUCUGUUGAUUUGUAAUUCAUUUCAACAGUGUUUCUAAUCUCACUACAUCUUCAAUAAACUUAAUUGAGAUUUUAAGCAUACAGAGAGAGCAUCAAACAUUAGGCAUCACAACAUAUAUCAUAAUAUGGCUUCAUUUUCAACAAAACUGCAAUAUCGAAUGUUGACACAGAUUUGUUGGUAGAGUAGAUAUUAUGCACAACUUUGUAAUGCACUUCCUUCAAUGUGUUAGUUAUAUCAAAUUUACAUGUUGUUUCCCAAUAAAUAUUAGAAAACUUCCAGAUAA